UUAUCUAUCAUAUUGUUUCAAGCUACAACAUUGUUUAUUCUUGUCAUAGGAACUACGCUCAAAAUUCUCAUUGAUUAGGAAGCAUGGCAGAACGAAGGGUUUUCACUCUCUCACAGGUUUCCCAACACAAAUCCAACAAAGACUGCUGGGUGGUCAUCAAUGGCAGAGUGUUGGACGUGACAAAGUUCUUGGAGGAACACCCGGGAGGGGAAGAAGUGAUUUUAGAGGUAGGUGGGAAUGAUGCGACAAAGGAGUUUGAUGCUAUUGGACAUAGCAAAGCAGCGCAAAACGUGGUCCUAAAGUACCAAGUUGGUGUUCUCCAAGGUGCCAUAGUUAAAGAUGUAGAUUUGAAGGAUGUUGUGGACAAGGAAUCUAACACCAAAGAGAUGAGUGCCUAUGUGAUCAAAGAGGAUGGAAGGUCCAAGUCCCUCGCAUUUUAUGACUUUGUUGUUCCCUUUCUUGCUGCUGGUCUUUACAUUGGUUACCGAUGCCUCACCAGAGCAGACUCUAUCGCUUACUAGCUAUCGUAUUCGCUUUUAAUUGAGACUUCAAAGUUGGAUGAUAAAAUAUGGGUUCGAUGAGGAAAACUUCUUUUAUUUUUGGUUCAUUGUGUUUGGAACACUUUGAAAAUAAAUUAGUCUGUGCUUGUUUUACUCAUUUUCGAUCUACUUUCCAAUACACUGCCAAGUUCCAACGCAAAUGCAUGUCUUUGUGGUUAUUGACGUGAUUAGUUCUUUUUCUUUUC